UCUAGACGGCGGAUCACGUGGUGGAGGCAAUCGCAGCGGCCGUCUCGGCGAGCAAAUUAGGGUUUCUUCGACGCCCCCAAUCCCACAUGGAAGGAGAUUGAACUCCCCAAAAAUUCUUCAAGAUCGAGCGCAGCCGCGUACGGAUCCGAGUGGAAUCCUCUAUUGUUACGCAAAUCUCUGUCUUCUUUGGCUGAGAUUUGGUGAUAUUAUUGCUUUUGUGGCUGUGAAGCUUGAUGGAGAGCAUCGGAACUCUCAACCCUUCCAUGGAGUUCGAUAACUCUCAAGAAGGUGAGCUCGAACCCCUGAUCCAAAUCCAACCCCGAGAAUGUGAUCUCGACCAGCCCAUCGCCGUCGACCCCCUGCACCACGAUUCCAUCGCCGUUCUCCUCGCUAACCAGCCGGAAGACUGUCCGGUCUCCGGAGAAGGGCGGGAGCUGGUGGCCGCCGCCGCGGUGGAAAUGGAGGCCGUGGCCGAGGUGGCCUGUGGCGAUCUCCAUGAGCCAGCCAUGGGAAUGGAGUUCGACUCCCCGGACGCUGCCAGGGCCUUCUACUCCGCUUACGCCGAGCGCGUCGGCUUUCGGAUUCGCAACAGCAAAUCCUUCACCUCCCGGGUCGACGACACCGUGAUCAUGAGGCGCUUCGUCUGCUCAAAGCAGGGCCGGCCAACGAAGAAGGACCCCUUCGACCUCACCAAGAAGCGGCGCAACCGCACCUCCUCCCGCGAGGGCUGCAACGCCAUGCUCCAGGUCAACCGUCGUGAGAACGGCCGGUGGGCCAUCUCAAGGUGUGUGCUUGACCAUUGCCAUCCCCUCGGCGUCAUCCCUAAGCAAUCGCCUGCUGUCCAGAAGAAGCUAGCCAAGAAGCCUUGGGAGCUUCUUGUCUCCCCCGCCACAGAGCCACAGCAGAGUGGGCUAGGUCCUGGUGGUGGCGUGGCACAGAGCCUCCUGGAGUACUUCAAACGGAUGCAGGCAGAGAAUCCUGCUUUCUUUUAUGCAAUACAAGUUGACCGGAAUAAUUGUGUCUCGAAUGUGUUCUGGGCUGACGCCCGAGCAAGGAUGGCAUAUAGCUAUUUUGGUGACGCAGUUGUUUUUGACAUGACCUGUAAGAAGAACAAGCGCAUGGUGCCUUUUGCAACUUUUACUGGAUUUAACCACCAUAGGCAGCUUAUUGUGUUCGGUUGUGCAUUUAUGACGGAUGAGAGUGAGGCUUCUUUCACUUGGCUAUUUGAGACAUGGCUUGGAUUGAUGAGCGGACGUCGGCCGGUGUCUUUCAUCACUGCCUAUAAUGAGUCCAUGGCGGUGGCUGCAAGCAAAGUGUUCCUGAAUGUUCGGCAUAGGUUCUGCAAGAGGGACAUUUUUGGCAAGUGCAAGGAUAAGCUUUCAGGUGUCUAUUUGAUACAUCCUUCAUUUAAGGCUGAGUUUAAGAAAUGUGUGAAUGAAUGUGAAAGUGUCGAAGAAUUUGAUUCCUGUUGGAGGUCACUAAUCGAUAGAUAUAAUUUGGAGGACAAUAUGUGGAUGCAAGCCCUUUAUGCAAUUCGGCAGAAAUGGAUUCCUCUGUUCUUUAGAGGAACAUUCUUUGGGGAAUUUUUUGGGACUCCAAAAUUGGAGACCAUGCACAAAUUUUUCCAGAGACACUCCAUCACAACGACCACUCUGCGUGAUCUAGUUUCUCAGUUUGAUAAAGCUAUGGCUGGGCAAUAUGAGAAGGAACUACAAUCAGACUUUGAUGCAAAUCAUACAAGGCCUGUUUUAAGGACUCCAUCACCGAUGGAAAAACAAGCAUCAGAAGUUUACACAAAAUCCAUAUUCGACUUAUUUCAGGAGGAAUUUGCAGGGUCGUCAGGAUUUUUAAAGGAGAAAGUUGCAGAUGGUGUUGAAUAUAUGUAUCGGGUGACUAAAAUUGAGGAUGACAGUAAAGCAUACAUGGUCACAUAUAAUGCUUCCAACAAGCACAUAACCUGUAGCUGUUUCAUGUUUGAGUUCUCAGGCGUCCUCUGUAGGCAUGUGUUAGGAGUGCUGAUAGUAGUUAAUGUUCUUACACUUCCAGAUGAUUAUAUCUUGAGAAGAUGGACGAAGAAUGCCAAAAGUAAUGGUUUAUCUUGUGAAGAUCGUGGUUUAUGUCAACGUAAUUCUCGAAAAGCUUUGGCUUGGAGGUGCAAUGAUCUCUGUCGUGAUGCCAUUAAGUUUGCAGAGGAAGGGGCUACCUCAGCAGUAAUAUAUAAAGUUGCAAAGGGCGCUUUGCAGAAGGCUUUUGCUGAAGUCUUAGCUACUAAGAAAGGUUCCUUCUUCAACAGACCAGGAAGGUGAAGUAAUUUCCCUAUGAUAAUUGUUGAUGAGGAUAAAAUUUCUGGUGGUUGGCGAACUGAUUAAAGAACAACUUCACUGCUGCAGUGCAUAUUGAGACAGUGAUACUGGACAUAAUCUUGAAAUGUGAGAUCACUAUUCUUCGUUUUUUUCUUUUCUCAUGCACUGCAGUGUAGGAUAUUGCACUCUGUUCUUCGCAGAACAUUUGUGAGGAUGACAUUCUACCACUUGAUUGGUCGAUUGGCAAUAGUGCUGAUUAAUAAAUAUUGAUCAUUGGCUCUUUUUUUUUCGGUUUGAGACUCUAGUGAUUAAUUUCCAAUAUUUGUGCAUCAUGAUAUUUGUUAUUGGGUUUAGAAACCUUGUGUUUGCCCUUCUGAAAAAUGAUGCCUUAAACUAAAUAUUGGGCUGUUGAUGCUAGUUGCUAACAGCUUGUCUCAUAGAACUGUUUGCAGACUAAUUUACCUGAUAAUGUUUGAGAUAAAAAAUAUAUAUAUAGUUUAAGAUGCCCUAUACUUUGAUAUAGUUCGCUUGUUUCUAACUUCCUGCAAGACAUGAUGUGAUAUUUUUAAACUCAUGUGCUUUCAUAUUGGAACAGUGUAUAUUUGGAUUUUUCAUUAAAAUACAAUAUAUUUUUCUAGUGGGUUUAAUUCAUCUAAAGGAUUUCUUGAAAGGGUCAACAGGAAUUUAGUAUUCCAUUCAUGAUAUUGCAUAACAAGAGGAUGGAUAUGGAAGACGAUGUCAUGCUGCUAUCGAGCUUGUUUUUACAAUCUUUUAUGAUUGGUUGUCAUUGCAUUUGCCUCCUUACUCAUCAUAUGCUAGUAAAGAAAACUUUCUUAACAAUGUGUUGCUGCUGCUACUUCCUUUCAGUCUUGCUCAUUUUCUAGUUUGAUGCCAGGCUGUUAUUUUAGUGCCAGACCAGAGUUCACAAUAGGCUCUAGAUUUGGAACAUCUGACAUGUUUUUCAUGUGUUUGUCUGUUUGAUGUGUGUUGACGUGCACUUACCUUAUUACCUUUUAAUUAACUCAGUAAUUUAUUGCUCCUUUGACUUUUACCUUUUCUUUUGAUGUAACCUGUAUAUCUUGCUUUUCAUUGGAGUAAACUGUGAUAUUUUGCAGUGAUUACUUUACUAAUAAUCGAGUCUCACACCAGUAUUUGUAGAAAAGGAAACCAUCAUUAAGUUGGAAGAAGUGCAAUGGUAUGUUCUGUUGUGGAGUUAGCCACAUUUUCAUGUUUUAUAUCUUUCAACUGUGAUAUUUCCAUUGCCUGCAUUGUUUUUUUCCUUUACUUGUUUGGCAGUUAUCUUAUUUAUGUUUGGUACUUCUAGGUCUGGUUAGUUGAUUAGUACAUCUGAAACAAUGAAAUGCUGAUAUUUAGUAAACUUAGCUUGAACUUGUGCAAGUUGACUUGAGCUUGGCAUUCACUGUUUAAUAAUGUGCAGUACUGUGCAAUAAACUUAAAUCGUAAUAUGGUUGAUUGAUUUUUGUAGAACUUGUACCCUAAAAGACUGUCAUGUUUGAAACUGAACUUUUGGUUAAUUGCUCUCAUUCUGCCACAACUGCCUGUGUCAUAAUGGCUGGUUCCAUGAUGAUGGAUCACUAGGCUUUGUUUUUAUAAGAAUAUGGGUUUUCAUUUAACUGUGCUUGAAAACUAAUUGUCUGACUAAAAUUGUCAAAUAAUGAACCAGCAUCUUUUCAUAUUAAACAGCUUAUUUUGGUACCAAUGCAUUUCCUUCAUGAAUAUGUCACUAAGAAUCUAGAAGUCAUCUGAGUAGCGGAACUUUUUCCUCUUCUAAAAUCAGAUGAUUUUAUUGAGAACAAGUGACAAGUUAGUUAUGGUUAUUCCACUAUAUCUAAGUCAGUUUCUAAUUUCAUACAAUUAUCUUCUGUUCUGGUUUUCAAUUGGGAACUGAAUAGUGUCUAACAAAGGCACAUAUAUGCAUUUUGCUUUUUAUGGUAAGUGAAUUGAAGAUGAAGAGAGGAAAAAAAUGACAAAAAAGGAAGGGAACUAAGAAACAAGGUUAGCUGGGUGGGAAAGAGGGACAUAUUGUUUUUUCAUUUUUGGAUAGGAAGAUUUUCUGAAUUUGAAGGGAUUUGGAUAUUAAUGCUAUAACUAGCACUUUUACAGUUCACUUUCAAAACAUUCAUCUAAAACCACCUCUCUCUCUAUAUAUAAACUCAUUGUAAAAGUUUAUCCAUAUCUGUGUAGUGUGAUAUUAUCACUCUUUUAGAACACAAAAUAGAAUCCAUAUUGGUCUUCUUUCGUAGGUUUUAAUAUGUGAUAUGCAUACAUGCCCUCUAGAGCUUAAUCCAAUGCUUAGACUUGACACAUCAGAUCCUGGUAACUAUAUCAGCAGGAGCCACCAAAUGGUUGUUGAUGGAAACUAUAUCUCUUUGCCUCCUAAUGCAAAGUGGAAGAGGACUUGUGUACAUUGACUUUGCAUCUGAUUAUUUGAGUUGGUCAUCACAUGAGAAUUCAAGAGUAUGAAAGGGGUUUUGUGGCCUUUCAACAAGGUAAAGGGGAAAAAUGAGAGCAAGAUAACUCCUUGUCCUGACAGAUGACUUUGGGUCUUCUGGCCAUCUAUAAUUGUUGCAGUAUUUAAUGUUCAAAGCAGUGGCUUUCGACUGGAGUACAGGAGACAGUUAUCAUAUAUCAUCCAGUGUAUUCUUUGUAUUAUAUUUGAUGCUUGGUCUGAAUUUUAAUAUUGUGGAACCCUUGGUUCAUUUGUAGACCUACUUUACAUGAUAUGAAUCUUGUGCAUGCUAGCUUA